AAGAAAGAAAUAAAUAACAAUAUUUUUAUUUGACUAGCUUAUAUAAAAAUCUUAAAUAAAAAAUCUGAAUAUUCGCAUUACCAUCACACACACUGUAAACUCGAACUCCAUCAUUCAUUCAACAAUGGCCGCCACCACCACCACCACCCCUUCCAGAUCCGCUUUCUCUUCUUCUUCACAUCCUAUCUUCCCAAAAAGCAACACCAAACUAACAUUCUCUCUCUCUCCCAUUUUCAACAAACCAAAACUCAUUAGUUCUCGUCCCUUCAAAAUCUCAUCCUCCCUCUCAAAAUCCCCCACCGCACCAUCCUCCAUAACAACAACAACAACAACCACCACCACCUCCACUUUCAUAUCUCGCUUCUCACCCACCGAACCGCGUAAAGGCUCCGACAUUCUUGUCGAAGCUUUAGAACGCGAAGGCGUAACCAACGUCUUCGCUUACCCCGGUGGAGCUUCCAUGGAGAUCCACCAAGCCCUAACCCGUUCCAAAAUAAUCCGAAACGUCCUUCCCCGUCACGAACAAGGCGGUAUAUUCGCCGCCGAAGGCUACGCGCGUUCCUCCGGUCUUCCUGGCGUUUGUAUUGCCACCUCCGGUCCCGGUGCCACCAACUUAGUUAGCGGUCUCGCCAAUGCUUUGAUGGAUAGUAUUCCAAUAAUCGCUAUCACCGGUCAAGUUCCCCGGAGAAUGAUCGGAACCGAUGCUUUUCAAGAAACCCCCAUCGUUGAAGUAACGAGAUCCAUCACAAAGCAUAACUACCUCAUUCUUGAGGUUGAUGAUAUUCCUAGGGUUGUUAGAGAGGCUUUUUUCGUUGCUAAUUCUGGUAGGCCUGGCCCAGUUCUCAUUGACGUACCCAAAGACGUUCAACAACAACUCGCUGUUCCGAAUUGGGCCCAGCCCAUUAAACUAACUGGAUAUCUCUCCAGGCUUCCCAAGAUUCCUAUUGAGGCCCAAUUAGAACAAGUUGUUCGGUUAUUAUUAGAAUCUAAAAAACCUGUUUUAUAUGUUGGAGGUGGUUGUUUGAAUUCAAGUGAGGAGUUAAAACGGUUUGUUGAAAUUACCGGUAUUCCUGUUGCUAGUACUUUAAUGGGACUAGGUAGUUACCCUGUUGGAGGAGAACAUUCCCUUCAAAUGUUGGGUAUGCACGGUACUGUUUAUGCUAAUUAUGCUGUUGAUAAAAGUGAUUUAUUGCUUGCUUUUGGGGUUAGGUUUGAUGAUCGUGUAACUGGGAAAUUAGAAACUUUUGCUAGUAGGGCUAAUAUUGUUCAUAUAGAUAUUGAUUCGGCUGAAAUUGGGAAGAAUAAGCUUCCACAAGUGUCUGUUUGUGCUGACAUGAAGUUUGCGUUACAAGGUCUUAAUAGGAUUUUGGAGAGUAAAGGGAUUAAAGAUAAACUUGAUUUUGAAUCAUGGAGAGAGGAAUUGAAUGUUGUGAAAAUUAAAUUUCCUCUUGGGUUUAAGACGUUUGAGGAUGCGAUUUCACCUCAGUAUGCCAUCCAGGUGCUCGAUGAAUUGACAAAUGGUGAUGCUAUUGUUAGUACUGGUGUUGGACAGCAUCAAAUGUGGGCUGCUCAGUUUUAUAAGUAUAAGAGACCUAGACAAUGGUUAACUUCGGGUGGACUUGGUGCUAUGGGUUUUGGAUUGCCUGCUGCGAUGGGCGCUGCUGUUGCUAACCCUGAUGCUGUUGUUGUUGAUAUCGAUGGGGAUGGUAGUUUUAUGAUGAAUGUACAAGAGUUAGCUACUAUAAAAGUGGAGAAACUCCCUGUUAAGAUUUUGUUGUUGAAUAAUCAGCACUUGGGUAUGGUUGUUCAGUGGGAGGAUAGAUUCUACAAGUCGAAUAGAGCUCAUACUUAUCUUGGUGACCCUUCUAGGGAGAAUGAAAUUUUCCCUAACAUGCUUGGAUUUGCAGAUGCUUGUGGGAUACCAGCAGCUCGUGUGACGAAGAAGGAAGAGCUUAGAGAUGCUAUUCAGAAAAUGUUGGAUACUCCUGGUCCUUAUCUUCUAGAUGUUAUUGUACCUCAUCAAGAGCAUGUUUUGCCAAUGAUUCCUAGUAAUGGUUCCUUCAAGGAUGUGAUCACUGACGGUGAUGGAAGAAGGAGUUACUGAUUGAUUGGGCUAAACUAGAUACGGUAUUCCUUCACUGUUGUUUUGUACAAUAUAUAUAGCUAUUAUUGCUAUCCUAGUUGCGGGAUUUGACACUCGUUGUAAGCUAAGCAUGUUAGUUUAGUUUUUUGUUGUAAUUUUGGUGGCAUGUUUCUUUGUAGAAUGCCGCACCUCUUGUUGUUGUAUUGUUUUUUUUUUCUUUUCUGUAGUGAGAUUCAGGUUGAAGUGAUCGAUAGUAGUAACAUUUCUAAUCUUAGAAUUCGAAUAAAAUCUGAUUGUUCUCUAUGCUCAA